AUGCAAGUGACUUUUAUUUUGAGCUUUUUGGGCAAAGCAGCGUUGAGUUUUAACCCAUAUAAUGGCUACUUGUUGGAUGAAGUACUGGCAGGACUUGAUAACACUGGCGAGCAACACGAGGCGAAAGUCAACCCGAUCGACAACACCGCUGACAACAUCCUUAUCGAUCUUUAUGCAAAUAAUCCUAUCAGUGUUGGAUUGUGA